AUGAGCUGUCCACUGCCCUACGACUCCUUGCCCGCUCUGCUGAGCCCCAGGCGAGAGGUGGACUGGGAACGUGAGCAGCUAGCGGCGCGGAGGCUCUCCUCUCCCAGAAAGCUGAGCCUCCUCAACCCUUCUACUGGGCUUCGGCGGCACUCGGCACUCCCCGGGUACACGCUCUCGCCCUUCCAGGAGAAGCAACACCAGGAGCAGCUGCAACAGCAUCUCUCAAUAUCCCUGUGCUCCGAGGCCUCCAUGGCGCCACCAGCUCCCCUCAUGGGUGGACCCCUGCCCUGCUGCCAGCCAGUGGGUAUCAUGCCCCUGCUGCGCCUGGCCCUGCUGGCCUUCAGCUGCCUCUUUUGGGCAUCCGGUCUGGCCAUCUUCACCCUGGGCGUGUGGGCCCAGGUAUCGCUGGCCGACUACAUGCUGCUGUCGGCCAACCACUACCCCAACACCCCGCUCAUCCUUCUGGCCACUGGGGCCACCGUCACGGCCUGGGGCUUCCUGGGCUGUCUGGGAGUGGCCGCCAACCUACCCGUCGUGCUGCGGGCAUAUGGCUUCAUACAGUUGGCGGCACUGAUGGCAGGGCUAGCCGCCGGCCUCUCGGGCCUGUUUUACCGCGAGGACAUUGCCGGAGGGUUCCGUAGUGGACUGCAGAAGGCAGUGGCGGGCUAUGGCGAAGACGAGGGCCGCUCCAAUGCUCUGGAUAGCCUGCAGAGGGGGCUAGAGUGCUGCGGGGCCGAGGGCUGGCGCGAUUGGCUGACCUCGGACUGGGCCAAUCAGGAUGCAGCAUUCUCGCCCAUGGCCAACAGCUCCUCUGUGUCGCUACCCGAGAGCUGCUGCGUCCGACGCAAGGGCUGCCGGAACCGACCCCUGCCAGCAGUGGGGGGCGAAGGGGUGGCGGCUGCUGGGAUCCAUCCCCACGGAUGUUUCCGGAAGGUGUUCAGUUUCGUCAAUGACAACGUCUUCCACAUUGCUGCCACCGUGCUGGGUCUAGCCUUCACCCAGAUAGGCGGCAUCGCCCUGGCCUUUCUACUAGCUAACCGCCUGCAACCAAGACCACACCGACCAGUCACACACUAA